AUGGCCGAGGAGUUACAUCAAGAAGAACCGAGGACCACGCCGAAAGUGCGAGAUUCGGAGAGUAAGAACAUCCUUUGCCGAGCUAUCUAUGUCAACAUGGGUGUCAAAGUGAUCAAGCAAAGUGUGAGCAGAGUGGAAGAAGACGAGGAUCACUUUCAGUCUCUUGAUGAAGCGAUGGGUCAGUGGACACUACGUGGCAAUAAACUACAGGCCCUCUCAACUCCUAGACCUCCUAGACGAAAACGACCGAGGAUUGUGGACAGUGAUAAUCCAGAUUUGCUUCAGCUUAAUAUCUCGGCAGAAGAAUUUAUCUUGCAAGCGAACGCAGAUACCCCACAACUUAAUGAAACAGACUAUUCCAAAGAAGUAGUCACUGCAUGGAUUGAAACAGGGGAUUUCGGACAACUUUCUGAUCCUGGCCCGAGCGAUGUUAGUUCAAAAUUCAAAGCUGCACCUGAACAAUUAUUGCAUUCUACGUACACCACCAGGCAAGGAUAUCAACUUCCUUCGGAAAAGCAACGAGAUUCAUUAGUCGGUGUACAUGUAGAUGCAGCGAAUUCGAGUCGUGUAACAAGACAUACCUUCAUAGGUCAACAGAAUAUCAUCAAGUCUUCUCGAUAUAGCCAUGUUUUCGAGGAUGACAGUCUGGAUGAACCCUCAACGAAGAGGCACAAGAAGACCAAACGAAAGACUGACUCUAGCGACGAAGAUGAAAGAACAAGCCGGGACAAACAAAAGACGGGCCAUGGUUCCAAGGAUGACUGUCUGGAUGGACGUCCAAGGAAGAGAACGAAGAAGACCAACCGAAAGACUGACUCUAGCGACGAAGAUGAAAGAACAAGCCGGGAAAAACAAAGAAAGAGCCAUGGUUCCAAGGAUGACUGUCUAGAUGGACGUCCAAGGAAAAGAACAAAAAAGACGAACCGACAGACUGACUCUAGCGACGAAGAUAACAAAACAAGAGGGGGAAAACAUGAUGACAGUCUAGUUGGACCUCAAAGAGUUCUGAGCAUCGACGAGCAACAUGAAUAUGAAGACAAACGUCAUUCUGAAGGGAUCUUUGACCAAACCGGAGGAGAGCUACAUAUUCCGUCGUACGGACUCACUCUUUCCAUCCCUCCCGGUGCACUGCCUGAGGGUUCUUGCGAAACGAUAACUUUAGAUGUUCUCAAAAACAUCCCACCUGAAAUCACUCUGAGACACGACGAGACGCUUGUUACCUAUGGCUUCCAGUGUCUUCCGCCAGGAUUGCAGUUUGUAUCAGAGAAACCUGUCAGAUUGAAGAUUCCCCAUUGUGCCAACCUCAUUGAUCCGUCAAAAGUACAGGUCGUUCUGUACUCCAUGAAUCACGGUAAAGCAAUGUGAUCAAGAAACCAAAAUUUCAUUGGCAUGUGUAAAUCAGAAGAAAAAGUUGUUUGAUUUUGAAUAUUCGAUUGUUAUAAUAUCACAUACUAGUUCGCUCAAACUAAAUGGAGAGCAUUUAAGCCUUCACCAUUUACAGACAUGCACAUUC